CCCCGCUCUGCGUCGCCCUGCCAAGGGGCAGUCGCUUCCUCCUUGGCAAAUAGUCCUCGGCGGGGUCCGAGUUCUUGAGUAAAUCUGAAGGCGGAGGCGCUAAAAGUUGCAGUCUGAGAGAGGCGCGGGAUCGACCCGAAGAGCGCGCUAGUGACGGAAGUGUCUACGGUGGUGUGUGAAGUUAAACACUCCCUUCCUCCCGAGGAUCCCUCCGCCUGCGGUAGCGGUGGUGAGGCCGAGGGAGCCGCCAUUUUGGAUGUUCGGUUCCUGCUGCCACUGCUGCCGCCGCCCCCGAAGCUGCUGGUUUCAGUCGAGGUUUCGGGCCGAGGAUGCCAGCCCCCAUCAGAUUACGGGAGCUGAUCCGGACCAUCCGGACAGCCCGAACCCAAGCUGAAGAACGAGAAAUGAUCCAGAAAGAAUGUGCUGCCAUUCGUUCAUCAUUUAGAGAAGAAGACAAUACAUACCGGUGUCGGAAUGUGGCAAAACUACUGUAUAUGCACAUGCUGGGCUAUCCUGCUCACUUUGGACAGUUGGAGUGCCUCAAACUUAUUGCCUCUCAAAAAUUUACAGACAAACGCAUUGGCUACUUAGGAGCAAUGCUGCUGUUAGAUGAAAGACAAGAUGUCCAUCUUCUCAUGACCAACUGUAUCAAAAAUGAUCUUAAUCACAGCACGCAGUUUGUGCAGGGGCUAGCACUUUGUACCCUCGGCUGCAUGGGCUCCUCAGAGAUGUGCAGAGAUCUUGCAGGAGAGGUAGAGAAGCUCUUGAAAACUUCCAACUCUUACUUAAGAAAAAAGGCAGCACUGUGUGCUGUUCAUGUCAUCAGGAAGGUUCCUGAACUUAUGGAGAUGUUUUUGCCAGCAACAAAAAAUUUAUUGAAUGAGAAGAACCAUGGUGUCCUUCAUACAUCUGUAGUCCUCCUCACAGAAAUGUGUGAGCGAAGCCCAGAUAUGCUUGCACAUUUUAGAAAGAAUGAAAAGCUUGUGCCCCAGUUAGUUCGUAUUCUAAAGAACCUCAUUAUGUCCGGAUAUUCUCCAGAACAUGAUGUUUCUGGUAUCAGUGACCCUUUUUUGCAGGUACGAAUCUUACGGUUAUUAAGAAUUUUAGGAAGAAAUGACGAUGACUCAAGUGAAGCUAUGAAUGAUAUAUUAGCACAGGUUGCCACUAAUACAGAGACUAGUAAAAACGUAGGAAACGCUAUUCUUUAUGAAACAGUUUUGACUAUCAUGGAUAUUAAAUCAGAGAGUGGACUACGAGUUCUAGCCAUAAAUAUUCUGGGUCGUUUCUUAUUGAACAAUGACAAAAAUAUUAGAUAUGUAGCACUGACAUCUUUGUUGAAGACUGUGCAAACAGAUCAUAAUGCUGUACAGAGGCACAGAAGCACAAUUGUGGACUGUUUAAAAGAUUUGGAUGUCUCAAUAAAACGGCGUGCAAUGGAAUUGAGUUUUGCUCUGGUAAAUGGAAAUAAUAUCCGAGGCAUGAUGAAGGAAUUACUUUAUUUUCUGGAUUCAUGUGAGCCAGAAUUUAAAGCAGACUGUGCAUCUGGAAUCUUUCUUGCUGCAGAAAAGUAUGCACCUUCUAAACGGUGGCAUAUAGACACAAUUAUGCGUGUUCUGACAACGGCAGGAAGUUAUGUUCGUGAUGAUGCAGUCCCCAACUUAAUUCAGUUAAUAACUAAUAGUGUGGAAAUGCAUGCUUAUACAGUCCAGCGCUUGUAUAAAGCAAUUCUUGGUGAUUAUUCUCAACAACCUUUGGUACAAGUAGCUGCAUGGUGUAUAGGUGAAUAUGGUGAUCUUCUUGUGUCUGGCCAAUGUGAAGAAGAAGAGCCUAUUCAGGUAACAGAGGAUGAAGUCUUGGAUAUUUUAGAAAGUGUUCUAAUCUCUAACAUGUCCACCUCUGUGACACGAGGUUAUGCCCUCACUGCCAUUAUGAAGCUUUCUACUCGAUUCACCUGCACUGUAAACCGAAUUAAGAAAGUGGUUUCCAUUUAUGGAAGCAGCAUUGAUGUGGAACUCCAACAGAGGGCAGUAGAAUAUAAUGCACUUUUUAAGAAAUAUGACCACAUGAGGUCUGCCCUACUGGAGAGGAUGCCUGUUAUGGAAAAAGUGACCACAAAUGGCCCAACUGAGAUUGUGCAGACAAAUGGGGAGACAGAACCAGCUCCACUAGAGACUAAACCACCACCUUCUGGGCCACAGCCCACCAGCCAGGCCAAUGAUUUAUUGGAUUUGUUGGGAGGAAAUGACAUAACACCUGUUAUUCCAACUGCACCUACAAGCAAACCAGCUUCUGCUGGUGGAGAACUUCUUGAUUUACUGGGAGAUAUCACCCUUACAGGUGCUCCAGCUACUGCUCCUACCCCUGCCUCAGUCCCACAGAUAUCCCAGCCCCCCUUCUUGUUGGACGGACUUUCGUCACAGCCCCUCUUCAAUGACAUCGCUACAGGUAUCCCUUCCAUCACAGCAUACAGUAAGAAUGGCUUGAAGAUAGAAUUCACCUUUGAACGGUCAAACACCAAUCCCAGUGUAACAGUGAUAACGAUACAGGCCUCCAACAGCACAGAGCUAGACAUGACGGACUUUGUUUUCCAGGCUGCAGUACCAAAGACAUUCCAGCUGCAGCUUCUAUCUCCCAGCAGCAGCAUUGUCCCAGCAUUUAAUACAGGAACCAUCACACAAGUUAUUAAAGUUCUGAACCCACAGAAGCAACAGCUGCGAAUGAGGAUCAAGCUCACAUAUAAUCACAAGGGCUCAGCAAUGCAAGAUCUAGCAGAGGUGAACAACUUUCCCCCUCAGUCCUGGCAAUGAGGGUCCAGCACCAUUCUCAUUCUUAUCCCACUCAAUCAAAGGAACUCUGGGAAGGAGGUUGUGAUUGCUGGCAAGUUUCCCCCCCCUCCCCCCCAACUGUACCACGGGCAUGAGGAGCAGAAGAGAACUGUUGAGGAGGAUUUUCCUGAAGUUACUGCUGACCUUGAAGCAUUGUUAAAGACUAACAUCCUCUCCUCUGCUGUUGAGGCUGGCUGCUUCUGGAGGCUACUUUGCACUCUUCCUCCUCUUCCCCCUUUUCCGUACUUCACCCCUCCUAUAUUUGCAGCCAGAAUCAACAUUCCCUGGGCUCCUGAGGCAAUAAGCAGCUGGUCUGGAGGAAAGGAUUGGAAUUCAUGGCGAGAAAACACUCACCCUGUCUCUGCAGCCAAGAGUGGUCCCUUCUUUUUACUGUUGUUUCUCUGCGGACUGGGCAAGGUGGGGAAUUUAUUCCUCACUAGCUGGGUUACCAUCUUCAGGCGCUUUUCACAUCUGGCAUAUGGAAUGGAAAUGUAACAAUGAACAUUAGGGAGCCCUGCCUUUUUCUAUUGGUUCCCCCAAGGUUUGAAAGAGGCAUUAGGCUCCUGGUAGCCUUUUCUGUGCAUUGCUGUAAACACACAGACACACACAUGUAUGUAUGUUUGUUAUCCAGAACUGGUCAGACCUUGAGAGGUUAUUUAUAAACACUGGACAGAUGCAGUUAAAAAGAGCUUUUGUUGAGAUUUGGCAUGAAGGAUAUGGUGCUCUAUUUGUAAUAGAAACUUCCAAGGCUCUUCCAGCUUCCCUUUCUCUCCAUUCUCUAGCUGUAGUCCUGAGCAUUCUCCAUGAUUUUCAAAAUUGACUCCCUUUCAAGUGCAAAUGGACAUGUUCUGAAAGAUAUAUUAAUAGUUAUUAAUGACCCUAUUUCAACCAGAAAUUUUAAAGUUUCCCCCAAACCUGUCACUUGCUUGUUUGAACUGUGGUAUAUGGGUAGAAAGAGGAGUUUAACCAGUUUUAAAGAGCAGACUCGUUAACAAAAUACUUGUGCUCAGGAAGAGCAGUAUCAGACUCAUCCUGGAGCAUAUUGGAGUCAUCCAUUGCUCCAGUCCUCCCUUUUUAUUUCCUGAGCCUGGCUUGGACCUUGGCAUUCCGUUUGAAUUCCUUCUUCUAACUGGAACAUUUGUGUUGUAUCUGUAACACUGGCACUGAAAUAAAGACCACGCGGUUAAAGAACUCUUCCUAUAUUGUACUUUAUGGUGUUGGAGUGAAGCCUUGUAGCUUCCUUGUCCCUUGCCAAAGGAAGUCUUAUGGUCACCAUAGGGUAGGAAUGCCCCUUCCCUGAGGCUGAAUAAUUGGUCUCUUGAAAGAGGCCAUUCUCAUGAAUAAUACCUGCAUUAAAGACUUGAGCUUCUUAAACUAGUAAGAAUGCUGAGCGAUUUUUAGAAAGGAUUCCUAUGUUACAAAAGCUUAAGACUUGCUGGAAUGAAGUAAAAGGUGACUUGCUGUGGUACAUAUUGAGUGUACUAUAUACCUUCAGGUAUGCAAGCAUCAUGUCUUAAAUACUACAGAAACAAGAACAAGUGGGGUCUACCUUUUAAAAUGCUUGCAACUGUUACUGUACUGUACAGUAUGACUACUUUGGCUUCAGUUUUAAACAUAAAUACAGAUAUCUUUUUCUCCCCCUC